AUGAGUACUAGCUCCUCGGAAGACGAAGAUCGCUUCAAAGUCCUGCGAGGCCUAUUCGCGCAUCGCAACCGAACCUCUGUCUGCCCUGCCUGCCUUAAAUGCUUAUCUCGGCCCGACAAAGUGAAGGAACAUUGCGAUGGCGAAGUAAAGAAAGGAGACGCGAAUCACGCAGGGCUUCUCUUCCGAAGCCCAUCAUUCGAGACAAGCUACCGAGAAGCAAUUGGGUACAGUGAUGAAGCGCCAUUGGUCCCACCGGAAUCAUGGACCGCGUGUACGGCUAUCGAUACAAUCAUUGAAUACAAAUCAUCCAUCCAUGCAGUGUCCCCUGCUAGCAAGCUUGAGAUACUGUUCCAGAUAGCCGAAAAUUCAGCUAUGAGCUACAUCUGUCCUCUACACCUCACGACACACGACUCGUUUCAAACGCUACGCCAGCAUUGGAACCCCGACUCAGGCGGCACCAGCCACGGAAAACUUGCAGCCGAGCCGAGUUACGACUUCAAAAUUGCCUAUGAAGAAGCGAUGGGCAUCACAAUCCCCGAAGCAUAUUUGCCGCUUGAUCCCAGCAUCCCUGGGAGAAAAUCAACUAGCCCCUAUUUUGAAAUAGAAUACGUGAUCAGACGGAUGAAUCUCGACAAACUGCGGGAGAGGUAUGAUGCGAUGGCGCGUCCCCUGAGAUAA